AUGUCCACCGCCGACGACGAACGUACACGGCGUCUGGCCGCGAUCGAAGCGCGUCUCAACCCACAGCGUGACACUGUCGCCGACGCUUCAGCUCCCGGCGCUGGCACUCCCGGAUCGGCGGGAUCCGCUGGCGCGGCCUCGUCCGGCACCUCAACUCCUCUCUUCGGCAGCAACAAUGGCCCACCUCGCAACUUGCCAAAGGCAUGGAAGAGGCCUACAGCUCGCGAAGAACUUGAGCGUCGUCGUGAGGUGGCCAGGAUCCUCAACAGGACGAUCGUGAGGGACAGUGGAUACCGCCAGGCCGCUGAGUGUGUGGAGACACUCCUCAAGAUUGCGACCAAUAUCCAAGGCUCGAGCGAGGAGAAGUUCCGCACCCUUAAGAGUGACAACACGAUUCUCAAGAACAAAGUGCUCUCAGUGCCCGGUGGCAGGGAGUAUAUGGUCACUAUGGGAUUUCACACCGAGACUCGUAACUUUGUCCAGUUCUUCAUCCUCGACCAGUCCCAGAAGCGCAUGUACGAGCUGGGCCUGGCUGCGGACGUGCUCCGCGAUGCUCUCCCGAGCCUGCAAGAACGCCUGUCCGUGUCCAACAUCUCCAAGACGGCACACAAGGCCGAGGAAGCCGCUCGCGUUGCCGCUGCCAAGCGUCAGAUCGAAGAGGACCGCGAGCUGGUUCGCGACAGGACAGAACGCGAGCGUAUGGGUCGCAUGGCCCACGAAAGGGCACUCGCCCAUGCCCAUGCCCAUGCCGAGGCAGAGGCAGAGUCCAAGGGAGAGGAUGAGGGGGACGAGGAUGAUGAUGAGGAAGAGCCCAGCGUGCCAGGUUACACGGCCGAUAGGCGAUGGGGCCACGGCCAGAAGCUGGGCGAGUAG